ACUGGCGCCGCCGCCACAGCGAAACGUCAAACGCUAAUCAGCCACUGCCGGGAACGAUUGCUGGAAACGGGUUCGGAAAACGCAUCGCACACACUAUUUGGCACGCAGGAAUACGACAUACACGCCUAGCCAUGUUUGAAACACAAAUCAUCCACACCGAGCACAAGGACGUGAUACACGAUGUGGCCUACGAUUACUAUGGCCAGCGGAUGGCGACCUGCAGCAGCGACCAGUACGUGAAGGUGUGGGACCAGAACGAGCAGGGCGUGUGGAGCGUAACGGCCAGCUGGAAAUCACACUCCGGCUCGGUGUGGCGCCUGUCCUGGGCGCAUCCCGAGUUCGGGCAGGUGCUGGCGACCAGCUCGUUCGACCGCACCGUCUCGGUGUGGGAGGAGACGGUGGGCGAAAAGACAAACCCGGCCAUGCCGCCGCUGAAGCGCUGGGUGCGCCGCACCAACCUGGUCGACUCGCGCACGAGCGUGACGGACGUGAAGUUUGCGCCCAAGUCGCAGGGCCUGAUGCUGGCGGCCUGCUCGGCCGACGGCAUCAUCCGCAUCUACGAGGCGCCGGACAUUAUGAACCUCUCCCAGUGGACGCUUUCGCACGAGAUCAGCGUCAAGAUACCGCUCAGCUGCCUCACGUGGAACCCGUCCAUGUUCCGGCUGCACCCGCCAAUGAUUGCGGCCGGCAGUGACGACUCGUCGCAGAGCACCGGCGGCAAGGUGUUCAUCUUCGAGUACAGCGAGAACGCGCGGCGCUGGGCCAAGACGGAGACGAUCAACUCGAUCACCGAGCCGGUGCACGAUAUUGCGUUCGCCCCGAACGUCGGUCGGAGCUACCACAUCCUGGCGGUCGCUAGCAAGGAUGUGCAAAUUUUUAACCUCAAACCAAUCCUCGAUCCAACGGCAAACUCAAGACUGGAAAUACAGGCGGCCGCCCAGUUCGGGGACCACUACUGUACGGUGUGGCGCGUUACGUGGAACAUUACCGGCACCAUGCUUGCCUCGACCGGUGAUGAUGGGUGUGUUCGGAUGUGGAAAAUGAAUUAUUUGAAAAACUGGCGCUGCGCAGCGGUCCUCAAGGCAGAAAACUCCGAAUCGGCCCCGGAAACGUCGGUGACCGCUUCCCUCAAGUCGAGCAUAGUGAAUGCAACGGCCAAGUACUACAAGCGAGGCACAAUCAGCCAUCCCGGGCAGGUUCCACGGCAUUAGCCGGCAUGCAGGAGGCUUCCGCCGUAGUUGUCGUCGUCGUGGAGGUGUGGUACGAAAGGCGAAUGAAAGUUUGCGAUUACGGUACGAAUGGAAAUGUGUUCUGUUAAAUAAAUGCUACAAACCUAUUGUGAGAAUAAUAAACAUUCAACAAACAACAAA